GCCUUCUCCUCCCUUCUUCUCCCGCCCCCGAUGCGUGUGUGCGCGGACGGCGCCCGUCAGUCCCCGAGCCGCCCCCGGCCCGCGCCCGCCUCCAUCAGCACCGGUGGCGGCGGCCGCAGCAACAACCUGCCCUCGCCAUGUUGGAAGGAAGCGACGUCAGGGCCGCAGCCGGAGCGGGAGGAAGCGGCGGCCGUGUCCCGGGAGGCAGGGCGGGCGGAGGGAAGCGGGAGGGCAGGGGGCAGUCGCCUUCUGCCCGCCCCGCGGCCGCGCUACAGGUGGAGCGGAGCCGCGGGAGGCAGCGAAGAGGGACGCACGGAGAUGGCCGCUGCCACCUGGGAGCUGGAUGAGGAGGAGGGGCAGGGCUUCCCUUCCGGGCCACCAGCUCUAGGAGGUGGAGGAGGAGACGGAGGAGGAGGAAGGCUCUCUCGGGAUGCGCCACCUGCUCCUAAAGGGCGGGCUUCGCUGAGGCUUGGGCUCUCCCUGAGAGAGGAGCUGCCCUCCUUCCACGGCCGCCGCCUUCCCUGACGAGAAGCGCCUGGGGCUGCGGCUCACGGGGAGCGAGCGGAGAGCAGCGCCCGGCACCCAGAGAGAAGGGACAGGAGAAGCGCAUUGGGGCGUGGGAGGUGUCCGGGCUCCCCGGGGCAGUCCCUCAGCCCCUCCCCUCCCCGCCUGGUGCUGUGGCGCUGGGCGCGCCGCCCCUCGGGCGCGGAGGAGGGCUGCGCCUGCGAGUUCGCGUGGUACCCUUCCUCUAUCGCCUGCAUCCUCUAACUAAAGCGCUGUCGUCCCGCGUUUCUUCCCACUGCACGUGCACUAGGAGUAUAGAGCAUUGAAAAAAAAAUAAUAAAAAGCUCAGGUCGACCCUGCCUAACUGUUAAACAGCCUGCAUGCAUUUAGUGAAGAUGAAUUUCCCAGUUCACUAAACCUUGUCUCUGCUGGGCUUGUGAAGGAGAAAUGAUGUCUUCUUGACACUCACAGUGGUUCAGUGAGCAGAGUGGGAAGAAGGAAGGAGACAAGUUCCUCUCCUGAAUUUCUGAUCAGCAGGUGAAUGUUCACUGCUGGUCUAACUUUCUCUGGUGCCUGAUGAUGUAGUCUGGGAGAGCUCUUUCCACUAUUUCAGAAAUGUGAUUUCAGUCCUGUAGAGGUAAAAUCAGUGCCUAUAUUGCAACAGCUUGCAGCUGAAAGGCUAUUUAGGAAGUUCAUGGUUCAUCCUGUGAAACUGUGUGCAAAAGACCUGGUCCAUGGAAAAUUCUGAGAGUCUUACAUGGGUAGCGCAUCGAAACACACAGAAAGGAUGGAUGUAUUUAAAAGGAAAAGGAAUAUUACCCCAAAGAAUAUUGGGAAAUACACAAUGAAGGCUGGGAAAACACAGUCAUCUCUCCGUAGAGAGCAGGAAAUUAUUAUCUUUGGAGCUAGAAACUCUGGACUUUGAACCACUGCAUGAAGCUGCAAUGGUUGUUUUAGUUGUUUUAUUUCCUUGAACAGGUUUGUUUGGUUUACGCAAGUUUUCAUGAACUCAGUCCUUACCUUGUUAUUCAUCAGGCACUAAUUGAAUACACUUGGGAAGGAUUACCCUCUACUUGCUCUCCAUUGAUUAUGUUUCUCCUAACCUUCCACUUGUUUGCCCUUGUCAGGAAUUGGGAUUCUGACCUAAUCCUUGAUCUGACCCAUGAAGGCUUUGUCUGUCCAAGUAGAGAAGCCAGAGAAAACUGCUUUAAAUGUCAUUUCAGAAAGAAAAAUAAGUUCCUUUUCACUUCCUGAUGUGCAGGUAGGGCUUUGGUGAGUUUAUUGUACACAGUAACUCCUCUUAGCAAAUGAAAGAGCACAUUUUUACUGCAUUACAAAAAUUUGUUAGGCAUAACCGGAAAUUUUGUUUGUUCGGCAGAAGGAUGAUGGUGCUGGAGACUCUGCCCUUUUCAGCUUGACCUCUUGCCACCUCCACUGGUGAGUGUGUGGAGGCAAGGACUGCUUAACUCAGUGUUGCUGGAACUUCUGCAGGGCUGGGAUGUGGUUGCCAGCCAGUGUAAGGGGUAACCUCUGACUCACCCUAGCACCAAAGAUGAGAAGGGCCUGUCCUGUGGGAGAAGGGAGAAGUGCUGACACUUGACACUCUUCCUCCAUCUGCCUUGACUUCUGAGUUGUGACAUGCAAGACCCAUGAUGGGGUUGGAGUUGCUGGACCCUGUGAAGGUGGUGGGCUGGCAGUGUGAGGUCACCGUGGCAGCUGUGGCUGCACAGGGCCCAGGAAGG